GUCAGGCAACGGUAAAUUUUUCAGACAGGUAUAAGUCACCGAUAAGGCGCAAAGUAUCAAGGUUGCCCUCGUCCUUGCGUCCGGAAUAAUGCAGUGAACAAUAAACAUUGAUAUUGCCAUUUGUGUUAUUAACAAAGUGUUAAAGAUGUCCAGCGAAAAGAAAACCGAGGAUGACGUCGAGGACUCGAUUCCCGAAGUCGACGAAUCGAAAUUGAAAACGAUGACAAAGGCGAUCUACAAUGUGAUGUUCCUGCCAGUUCUGCUGUCGAUGAUAGCAGUGGUGGUGCUUCAUUACUACGACAUCCUAAUCCAGACGCAGAUUUCCCUCGCGAUCAACGAGUCCAAGCCCCUGUACUGGUUGUACAUGCAUAAGGGAGACGGUGGACACCUGAAGCACGUGAUAAAUGUUCUGGAGAAGCUGGGCUAUCGUCGAGGAACAAAUGAAUCUGACUGGGAUCUGCUCUGGGCUCACGAUUACCCCUUCCAGGUCUACCCCGAGUUGAAGAACGCGAAGCCCCACCAGAGGGUGAACCACCUGCCAGCAUGUGGCUUCUUCACGAAUAAAGUUGAUCUAUCAAUGACUGAGAGUAAGUACCUCCCGGCAGCGUUUCGAGUCCCGGAGGACCGACAGAAUCUCCGGAACUUCAUGCUCAAAAACCCAAAGAAGAUGUUCGUGCAGAAAUCCAAUGCCCAUCGAGGGAUUCAGGUAAAAAAAUUCGAGGACUUUGAUUUUGAUAAAGGAGAGACGUUCAUCCAGGAAUUCGUGGAGAAACCGUACCUCGUGGAUGGUUUCAAAUUCGACAUGGGGGUUUAUACUGUCAUCACGUCGGUGGAUCCUCUGAGGAUCUAUACUUACAAGGGAGAUGUCCUCUUUCGGUUCUGUCCCCAUAGGUACUUGCCCUUUGAUCCUAAGGACACCAAGAAAUAUGUCGUCGAUGACGAUUAUCUUCCUAUCUGGCAGGUGCCCUCACUGAAGAAAUAUUACGAGGACCUGGGUUUCUCCAUGAAAGACACAUUCGACGCGUACGUGAGGACCACUGGGAAGGACCCCAACAUCAUGUGGAAUAAUAUCGAUGAAGCCAUCAGAGAUAUUCUCAUCAAGAAGGAGAAGGAUAUUGCGAAUUUCGUCAAGAAUUACCCUGCGAGAAGAAAUUUCUUCGAGUUCGUUCGAUUCGAUUUCAUAAUUGAUGAAGAGAUGAAUGUGUUCUUGAUGGAGGCCAAUAUGUCCCCCAAUUUGUCAUCAGCACAUUUUCCACCCAAUAGACUGCUUUACGAACAAGUGCUGUUCAAUCUUUUUGCUCUCGUGGGAGUGGGCCAGAGGGUGGACACUCCUUUCCGGAAACCCAGCACGUGGAACGAACGGAGUUUUGAAGUGGCGGAUAAAAAUUUGGUUGUCCUCCCAGAGAUGUGCACCACUUGCACAGAUUGCUUCCGAGUUGAGUGUCAACUCUGCAAACAGUGUUUCACUGAGGAAAUGAGAUCAAUAUUCGCUCAAUGUUACACGGAACACCAGAAUAAAAUGGAUUUCAAACGAAUAUUUCCACCGCCAAUAACAAAAGACAUGGUCUUGAAAGACUACACCCUCAAGAAUCAACUCCUAGUUCGCUGGUACCAAGGGAAGUGUGAAAUGGACAGCUCUUGGUGCAACUAAAUACAGCAAAAUCAAUAAUUUAUAAAUAUUUAUCAAAUACAAAAAUCUCACAGUUGUUCCCUCCUCUAAUACAUUAAGUUUUUCAUGAUUCAAAGUAUAUUUUAAAUAAACUUAAUGUAAACAAUAAUUGCAUAUCGUACUUUUCCCUUUCUUUUAUAUUUCCUGCUCAUGUUCUCAAUAAUUUUAUGAGAUACCACCAAUAGAUUGAAUUUAAUAUUAUUUAAUGAGUAGGAAUUACUUUUCACUGAUUAAUUCGUUCAUUCGAUUGUUUACUAAAAUCAUUAAUAUAUAAAUACGUGCAUAAAUAUGAAAAUCAUUCAGAGUUUGAUUUCCGAAAUAGACUUUUGGUACAACUAAAUUCAACAAAAAAAUAAUGUACAAAUGUUUAUCAAAAUAAUAAUAAUAAUAAUAAUAAUAAUAAUAAUAAUAAUGA